AUGAUUCUUAUGGAGUCAAACUCUGAUGAAGAGUUAGAGAUAAUUGCAAAUCUUGCAAUGGAAGAAGAAAUAUCAGCAUCACAUGGUCGUUCUAAAAAACGUCGCACAUUCAUCCGGCGUGAUCGCUUACAAGCCGGGGCAGAUCUUUUUCGUGACUAUUUUGCUGAACCACCAAUAUAUCCUCACAAAUAUUUUCGAAGGAGAUUUCGAAUGAGUCGUGAUCUUUUUUGCCGUAUUCAAUUUGUGGUUGAAGCCCAUGAUCCGUAUUUUGUCCAAAGAAGAGAUGGUGCCCAAAAGCUUGGAUUUACUUCCAUUCAGAAAAUUACAGCCGCACUUAGGAUGCUUGCAUAUGGUGUUACAGCUGACUUUAUGGAUGAAUACUUGAAGAUUGGAGAAGCCACUGUCCUUAAGAGUCUUAAAAGGUUUGUUCAAGCGGUGAUUUCAAUUUUUUCAGAAAAAUACUUAAGGUCACCCAACAAUGAAGACAUCGCUAGAUUGUUAGCUGAAGGCAAAAACCGUGGAUUUCCAGGCAUGUCAUUUAUAUUUUCUGAUCUCGCUCAAGGACGUACUCCUCCUGUUAACUACACUGUUAAUGGUCAUAACUAUAAUAUGGGAUACUACCUCGCUGAUGGCAUAUAUCCACAGUGGGCAACAUUUGUAAAAACAAUUUCAUCUCCACAAGGAAAUAAGAGAAAACACUUUGCUACAGCCCAAGAGUCGGCGAGGAAAGAUGUAGAGCGGGCGUUUGGAGUACUUCAAGCACGAUUUGCAAUAGUACGUGGACCUGCACGAUUUUGGAAACUUGAAACACUUAAAGAUAUAAUGAUGGCAUGUGUAAUUCUACAUAAUAUGAUCGUUGAAGAUGAGCGAACUAAUAAUGGAGAAGAAGACUUUGAGUAUGAACAACUCAAUGAACCACUUGAACCAGUGACACUUGGGGCUACAAAUGAUUUUAAUGAGUUCAUUCAACGCCAUCAUUCCAUUAGAGACAGGGAAACUCAUUCUCAACUCCAGUUGGAUCUUGUUGAGCACUUAUGGCAACUACAUAGUGAGGCAUAG